AUGGCUGAUGCAGAUUGGGCAGCCUACGAAAGCAAGAAGAAGAGUAGUUGGAGGCUAGAGGAGGCUCUAUCCACAGCAGAAGCUGAAUAUAUGGCGUUACUAACUCUGUACAAUGAUAACAUGGCGGCAAAUAAAUUAGCUAAUAACUCUAUGACGGGCAAAAGAUCCAAGCACAUAAGUAUAAAGGAUUUCAUAAGAGAAUGUUUCCAAAGAGAGGAUAUAAUUCUAAAGUACAAGCCGACUUAUGACAUGGAGGCUGACAUUAUGACAAAAGGGUUGCAGCCUUCUGCAGAUUGCGCAAAUUAA